AUGGAUAUACACUUGCAAGAAAAUCAGACAGGGAUUCGAUUUAGUUGGAACUUAUGGCCACCUACAAAAAAUGAGGCGUCGAAAAUCGAGGUACCCUUGGGUUGUCUGUACACAGUUCUCAAGAGAACAGAUGACAACAGCGUGAAGUUAGUGGAAUACGAACCACUUAAAUGCAAAACGAGUAACUGCAUCUUGAAUCCGUAUUGCAACAUAGACUUUAGGAACAAGACAUGGACAUGCCCCUUUUCGAAUAUCAAGAACCCCUUCCCAAUGCACUACGCGGAGCACAUCUCGGAGAAGAAUCUACCUGCCGAUGUGAUGUACUCCAACAUUGAGUAUAUACAGCCAUCGAACGUAGGAGAUAUUCCACCGCCUACGUUUCUGUUUGUUAUCGACACAUGUCUCUUGGAGGAAGAGUUGGAACAGUUGAAGGAUUCAAUACAGCAGUGCAUAAGUUUGAUGCCACCAGAUGCGCACAUCGGAAUAAUUACCUUUGGAAAUAUGUGCUACGUACACGAAAUAGGAUUCAAGGAUUGCCUGAAGUCGUAUGUUUUCAAGGGGACCAAGGAUAUCACUGCACAGGAUUUACAAAAGCAAUUAAACUUAGGAACAAGAAAUGAUCCAAGAAGCUCCACCACGUCUACAUCAGCCAGAAGGUUUCUGCAACCAGUUAGUGAAUGCGAAUACAACAUUAAUAUGUUGUUGGAAGAUAUACAAAAAGAUAAUUGGCCAACUCCUCCUGAUCAAAGAGCAAAGAGGUGCACAGGGGUAGCUCUUAGUGUAGCAAUAGGUUUGUUAGAAUGUUGUUGCAACCAAUUGAGUGGCAGAGUAAUGAUGUUCAUAGGAGGAGCAGAUACAACCUCUCCGGGAAAAAUUGUGGACACUCCAUUAAGUGAAUCUUUAAGACACCACCUAGAUUUACAGAAGGAGAAUAGUAACGCGAGGCAUGUUAAGAAGGCAUUAAAAUAUUAUGUGUCUUUGGCUAAUAGAGCUGUUGCAUCCGGUCAUGCGAUAGAUAUUUUCGCAUGUUCACUGGAUCAGAUCGGAUUGUAUGAAAUGAAGGUAUGUUGUGAAAAGACAAACGGCUAUAUGGUAAUGGCAGAUUCGUUUUCCAUGAAUGUAUUUAAGGAUUCAUUUAAAAAAAUUUUCGAGACAGAUUCCAAUGGAUACAUCAAACACGGUUACAAUGCGAAGCUCACAAUCAUAUGUUCCAAGGAGUUCAAAGUGUGUGGUGCCAUCGGUGCAUGUUCAAGCAAUAAAAAAAUAGCAAAUUAUGUUUCUGAUACCUGUGUAGGUGAAGGAGGAACGUGUGAAUGGACCAUAUGUGCAUUAGACAGACAGUCUACCAUAGCCUUCUACUUUGAAAUCGUUAACCAAAAUAUUUCUUCACUUCCACCUGAUAGACAAGCGUACUUACAGUUCCAAACACUUUAUCAACACCCUAGUGGUAGAAGACGAUUACGAGUUACAACCAUUUCUUACCGUUUCGCAGAAGCCAACAUUGCGGAAAUAUCUCAGGGCUUUGAUCAAGAGACUGCCGCUGUCAUUAUGGCUAGAUUUGCGGUUCUAAAAGCCGAAACGGAUGAACCCAUAGAUGUGUUAAGAUGGCUAGAUAGAAAACUUAUAAGAUUAGUAAGUACCUUUGCAGAUUAUCAGAAGGAUGAUGUGAAUUCCUUUCACUUAUCUCCAGAGUUCUCAAUCUAUCCGCAAUUUAUGUAUCACUUGAGGAGAUCCCAUUUCCUGCAGACAUUCAAUGCAAGUCCAGAUGAAACCGCCUACUACAGAUCUAUCCUUCUUCGAGAAAACGCAAUGAAUUCUCUGAUUAUGAUACAACCCGCCUUACUGCAAUAUUCCUUUGAGUCCCCCACCCCUGUACCUGUCCUUCUUGAUGCGCAGUCACUGAAGUCUAAUGUCAUCCUACUUCUAGAUUCCUAUUUCCACAUCGUCGUAUGGUACGGAGAAAUGAUAUACCAGUGGAGAGAACAGGGCUUUCACGAGAAGCCAGAGUACGAGCACUUUAGCCAAUUACUCAACGCACCUCAUGAAGAUGCCAAGUCCAUUUUGGAGGACCGAUUCCCUAUCCCUAAAUUUGUUUUGUGUAAUAGUGGCGGUAGCCAGAGUCGCUUUUUAUUGGCCAAGGUGAACCCCUCCACCACGCACAACUCCCUCAGUGGUAGCACCUUCGGAACAUCGAACAGUGAGUCAUACAUUAUCAACACAGACGAUGUGUCGCUCAAGAUAUUUAUGGACCACCUGGUCAAGCUAGCCGUACAGACGUGA